AUUAUUUCGAACAGGUAUAGGGGAGUAUAGGAACGCAAGUGUAUAUUCAAGACUGACUCGUUAUAUUCUUCAACAAGCUUUUAUGGACUUUGCUUUUCAUAAUCUUUGGUACUUACGAGAGUAUUGAAAAAAAAAAUCACAUGUUAUUUGAAAGAAAAACCGUCCAUAUUUCUUUUUAACCAGAAUCCAUUUUUUUUAAGAGUACUGGUUUUAUAGAAUUGCCGCCCUUAACAUAGUAACGGCAAUUCAACGUCCGCUAUCCAAAGACUCCAUGCUAGGCUAAUGACCGCUUUCCCGUUGCUACAGAGGACGAUGGAAGCUCCCGCACACCCCUUCAAGAGCUCCCACCGCAACCCCUUUAAGUAUGAUAAGGACUUUGUGAAGAAGCGCACCGUGGCAGAGAUGACGGACUUAAUGUGCCAGGAAGCUACGGCGCACGGCAUCGGCCACACGUGGAACAACCGCCACAACCUGCUCGGCCUCUUCUGGCUGCUCGUCACCCUCGCGCUCUUCUCCUUCCUCGUGUACGUCGCCGCCACCCUCUGCGUGGACUUCUUGGCUCGACAUCCGCAGUCACAGACCACCGUGAAGUUACUGGAGGAUGACGGCCUGCAGCUGCCCUCAGUGGUCCUCUGUAACCGUGCCUUUUUCUCCCGCCGCAAGCUGGAAGCGUUCAACAUCAGCAGCACCCUGACGCAGUACCUGAUAGCGGUGAGCGGCUCGUCCUUCAUCAUACGAGAGGACUUCCUGGUCAAGCCCGACGCCGAGCUCUUCAUGAACGAGUCCCACAAAGAACUCUUGCGCGUGAUGGAACGACACAGACUGACCUUCGUCCAGCUCAUAGAGAAGAUAUCGUACAGCUGCGUCGAGGUGCUGCUGCUGUGCGUGGUGGGGACGAAGCGACUCGGCCCCACCAAGUGUUGCAAGAAGUUCGUCCCCACCCCGACCCUGAGCGGCCUGUGCUACACCUACUUCAGCUCCGCCGCCGACACGCAGACCGCCGAGGGAGAGUACAUGGGCAUCACCUUCUACGCCAACAUCACGGAGGGGGACUGGCCGGACGUGGAUCCCAAUAUCGUGGACGUGUCUCAGAUGGUUAAGAUGGGCAUCCAGGUGACCCUCAUGAGUAACCUGACUCAUCCCGCCCUGAUCGUGCUUGGCAAGGGCGUGGUGCUGCCGCCCGGGGUCUACACCUCCGCCAGCAUCUCCCUGACCGAGGUAAAGGACAAUGGGCUGAAGACAGAGAUCGACUUUAGGGAGACUCCGUGUGUUCCCCUCGACCAGGUGAGCUACGUGCGGGACCCCGAGGGCUUCUUCAACCUCGACCACAACUGCGAUCUCGGGGCGGCGCGCGCGUGUGUGGAGCAGAACUACAACUGUACCAACUACGCCAUGAACAUGACCCACGACUACUUACCUCCGUGUUCGCUGGCCGACCACCUGCACCUCCACUGGCUGCUGCUCAAGAUCCUGGGGAUGAGCACGCGCACGGUCACCGAGGAGGUGGUGAAGGCCCGAGCCAACGUCCGCGGGGCUAACGAGACGGAGGACUGCAUCAGGAACGCCCGCUUGGAGUGCCGAAGGCUGUGCGUCCGACAUGACUUCACCUAUACUACCAAUCACCUGCCAAUUCCCGGCCGCCUCUACCGACACCUCAGGGACCAGUUUUCUCUAGCAGACGGGAGCGAGGUAGCCAUCAUCGCAGCCUUCUACCCUGACCUACGCUACACCGAGGUCAAAGUGUGGAGGAAGAGUAUAGCGGAUUUACUGAGUGAGUGCGGAGUCUGA